GGGUGGGAGGACGGAAUUUCCCAGCGCGGGGGCUUUCGCGUACCCGGCUAGCCGGCAGGCCCUUUCUGUUUACGGAGAGAAAGGGGAAAUGGAAAAGGCGGGGAGGAGGCUGGCGUCUGCUGCGCCGCCCCGAGGCCAGUUCAGACGCCGGGAGUCAGGGGCCCGCAGCGCACGGGUGCCCCAGCGGCCGAUCGCCCGCUUUCAGGCGACCGCCGCCCGCCCUCUGGGACGCCAGCACGCCUGGUUCCCGCAGGCAAGCCACCCACUGCCUACUGAGCCCGGUUUCCGGACGGGCACGCGGGACACUAGACGCCCCAGCAGGCACCACAGUGAUGGAGUACAUGAGCACUGGAAGUGACGAGAAAGAAGAAAUCGAUUUAUUAAUUAAGCAUUUAAAUGUGUCGGAAGUCAUAGACAUAAUGGAAAACCUUUACACGAGUGAAGAUCCUGCAGUGUACGAGCCCAGUCUGAUGACCAUGUGUCCCGACAGUAAUCAAAACAAAGAGUGCUCAGAGUCGCUGCUUCGGAGUGGCCCCGAGGUGCCCUGGCUGUCAUCUGUCAGAUACGGGACGGUGGAGGAUCUCCUUGCAUUUGCAAACCAUAUAUCUAACACCGCAAAGCAUUUUUAUGGACACCGACCGCAAGAAUCUGGAAUUUUAUUAAAUAUGGUCAUCAGCCCCCAGAAUGGACGCUACCAGAUCGACUCUGAUGUUCUCCUUGUCCCUUGGAAGCUGACGUACCGGAACAUCGGCUCUGGUUUCAUUCCUCGGGGGGCCUUUGGAAAAGUGUACUUAGCCCAAGACAUGAAGACCAAGAAAAGAAUGGCAUGCAAACUGAUCCCUGUGGAUCAGUUUAAGCCAUCGGAUGUGGAGAUCCAGGCCUGCUUCCGGCAUGAGAACAUUGCUGAAUUGUAUGGUGCCAUCUUAUGGGGUGAUACUGUUCAUCUCUUCAUGGAAGCAGGCGAGGGGGGCUCUGUUCUGGAAAAGCUGGAGAGCUGUGGGCCCAUGAGAGAAUUUGAAAUUAUUUGGGUGACCAAGCACGUUCUCAAGGGACUCGAUUUCCUGCACUCCAAGAAAGUGAUCCACCAUGAUAUUAAACCCAGUAAUAUCGUAUUCAUGUCUACAAAAGCUGUUUUGGUAGAUUUUGGCCUAAGUGUUCAAAUGACUGAAGAUGUCUAUCUUCCCAAGGAUCUCCGAGGAACAGAGAUCUACAUGAGCCCCGAGGUGAUUCUGUGCAGGGGCCAUUCCACAAAAGCAGACAUCUACAGCCUGGGGGCCACGCUCAUCCACAUGCAGACAGGCACCCCGCCCUGGGUGAAGCGGUACCCGCGCUCGGCCUAUCCUUCCUACCUGUACAUAAUCCACAAGCAGGCCCCUCCCCUGGAAGACAUUGCUGGUGACUGCAGUCCAGGCAUGAGGGGACUGAUAGAAGCUGCCCUGGAGAGGAACCCCAACCAACGCCCAAGAGCAGCCGACCUACUGAAACAUGAAGCCCUGAAUCCCUCUCCAGAGGACCAGCCAAGAUGUCAGAGUCUGGACUCCGCCCUCUUUGAACGGAAGAGGCUGCUUAGCAGGAAGGAGCUGGAACUUCCUGAGAACAUUGCUGACUCUUCCUGCACGGGCAGCACCGAGGAGUCUGAGGUGCUCCGGAGGCAGCGUUCCCUCUAUAUAGACCUCGGAGCGCUGGCCGGCUACUUCAAUAUUGUCCGGGGGCCACCAACCCUGGAAUAUGGCUGAUGGAUGGCCUUGUUGGCAACAACCUACAAUAGACAUUUCUCUCUUGAAUGUUGGCUUGCAGACCUUGCACAGCAACUGUGGAGAGUGAAUUUUACCCAUUUUUAGGGGGGCACUGAGGCCUCUAGUGACACGUGAAUGUCACUGCAAUGCCCCCCCCCCCUUUGUGAAGCUACUCUGUCAUGUCCCGGGGCCCAAGGUUCUCAUUUCUCAGGUGGUGGGACUGGACAGGAGGGAUCGGAGAGCUCAGGGAAAGAUCGUUUCUGGUGACAAUUCCAUUCACUGUGCACUUUGCUGGACAUGUUAAAAAUAGCCAUCAGGAGAUAUUAACCUGAAACUCCUAGUUUGGGUUCUUAUUUAAGCAUGGGAUCUUCAUUUAACCCAGAAGACCUGUUCUGUGUAUAUAUUGGUGUGUAUUCUGUGGUAACUCUGUGAGCCUUGGUGGGCAGACUCAUUGUAUUUAGGGUGACUAGAGAAGCUGUAAGGUUGCAGCAAUACACUGAGCUAGUGUCUUACAAAUGCCGACACCCUCAGAGCCACCUGACGGCAGGCCACUAGUGACAGUUUCUGUUAUGUUCCUAUGGAAACACUGUAUACUGUACAUGCUAUGCUUAAAAUAUUUAAAACACGAUGUUUUUGAAUGUGGGUAGAACUAUGUAAACCACAUAAUUUCUGUACAUCCCAAAGGAUGAGAAGUGUGACCUUCAAGAAAGUGAAAACUUUUGUAAAUUCUUGGUGAUGCUACAUUUAUAAUUCAUGAGCCUAUUUUCUUUAAAUUGUUUCUAUAUUAAAAUAGCAUACUGUGUAUGUUUUAUUCUAAAUUUCUCCAUGAAUCUUUUAUAUAUAUAUAUGUGUGUAUAUAUAUGUAUAUUUUAACAUUGUAAAGUGUUCUUAUUUAAAGUAUAUUUUUACAUUAUGCAAA